CAAUGUGACUGAAUUCAAUCUGGGUUGGAUCCCGGAUUUCAAGAGCUGCGAUCUUUCUUUCGAUCGCUUUCUUUCCUCCCUCCAACGGCAACCGCACACUCCAAGAGAACCGAAUCGACACAUUUGCUGGACCCUGGAGAGUAAUCGAAUAGUAGUAGCUGUUGAAGUCCACCACCAUGACGGAACCCACCGCCGAUCAGGAUGGCAUUGAACAUAACAACCCCGAAGACUUGCGUCAACUGGGGAACCAUCAGUUUUCGCAGCAGAACUACGAAAUGGCCGCUCAUUUUUAUACCCAAGCCAUGGAGAUUUUGAAUGUCCAAGACAGUGGAGAUAAAGCUGAUAAAGAUGAUGCUCCCACGGCACUGCUGUUGAAUCUGUGCAAUCGUUCGGCGUGUUAUUUUCAAAUGGAAAUGUAUGAAGAAGCCAAGAAGGAUGCCGAGACGGCUUGGAAUGCUCUGCCCCAGUUGAGCAAUGUCAAGGCGGCCUAUCGAUUGGCCAAGACGUGCAUUGCCUUGGGAAAGUUUGCGGAAGGCAAGGACAUUAUUCUGCAAGUGAUUCAGAUCAUUGAAGAAGCCGAAGUAGCAGCGAGAAAAGAGGAGGAAGGAGAUGGUAAUCCGAGGAAACCACCCAAAGAAAAGACACCAGAAGAAGAUGCCGCAAAGGCAGCUGCCAAAAAGAACCUUCAAACACAACGCAAGGCAUUCGAAGAGCAAAUGAAGACUCUGGAAAAGAAACAAAAGAAUCAGGGCAAGGAACCUCCCAAAAUAUCCAUUCGAGACUUUACCAUUGGAGAUGAGUUGGGAUUUGGAAACUUUUCAGAAAUCUACAAGGUCAAACACAAGAGCACGGGAAAACAGUUUGCUCUCAAACGAAUCAACAAGAAAAAGGCCAAAGAGUUGGGCAACAAACAACAUCCCAACGUGCACAAUGAAAUCUUUAUGGAACGUCGCAUCCUGUGCGAACGCAUCUCGGCAACCAAAAACACGCAACAUCCCUUUAUUGUACAGAUGCAUGCCGCCUUUGAUGACUACGAACACAUUUACUAUUGUAUGGAUCUUCAUGUUGAAUGCGGCGACUUGUGGUCACGGCUCAAGUACAACAAGAAAAUGGUUGGGAGUCAUCGCUCACAGGCCAAGCGCUGGUGCUAUCAGUUGGUCGAUGCCCUGGAACACAUGCACAAACAUGGAAUCGUGCAUCGCGAUUUAAAGCCGGAGAACAUCCUGUUGGAUAGUCGGAAUCACAUCAUUGUCAUUGAUUUUGGAACAGCCAAGGAUUUGGUCUUUACCAAUCUCAAUGGACCCGAAUUUGUGGGGACUCCAGAUUUCAUGAGUCCCGAGGCCGUCAAGGGUGGUCGGUCCGAGAACAAGGAUCGUAGCGCGGAAGAGUACCCCGAUGCGGACUGCGGGGCCGACUUGUGGGCUCUUGGGGCGGUUGCCUACAUUCUUCAUACCGGUGAAACACCCUUUUGGUCACCCAGUCCCUUCUUGACCUUUCUCAAAAUUAGGAGAUGCCAACUCACACGUGGAUGGGGUGUAGCCGACGAUGAUGCCUGGGAUUUCAUGGACAAAUUGAUCCAACUCAAUCCCAAACAUCGCCUCGGAGCUGGGGUCUUCCAAGUCGACAAGACAAAGCGUGUCAUGGUACGAACAGACCCCGGCGGCUACGACUGCAUUCGAAAUCACCCCUAUCUGAAAGAUGUUCACGAGUUGUCGCCAGAGCAAAAGGUACAGAACCCCGUGCCAUCGCUGCGAGACUUGGCCAUUCGAGCCUGCGUCGAGUUGGUCAAGAAGGACAGCAUGGACUUUGAAAUUAUGCAAAAGCACCCGCCCGGUGACGGAAGCAGCCAUGACAUGACCCGGCUAGAAAAACGCGACAGAAUGUGCGUCAUGCACUUGUGCGACAAACUGAACCUCUUGAAAGUGUCUGGAGAUGCGGUGGGGCAACAACCGAGACUGUACUCGCGAUUCUUUACGGAUAUUGUGCACUGUCGACUCUACAGCAAGUACCAAGAGCGACUUGGCACCCACGACUUUUGUGGCCUGACGCAAAUGAACGACAAUCACGGCCGAACGCCAGAAUCUCUCAAUGAAGACCCCUACGCAACACCCCUCAAAAUGGAUCCAGUCAAGAUUGCCAUCAUUUCCAAUCCACUGUUUAGCUCAGGAAGUGAAACAGUCUUUGACGAUGAGACACGAAAGAAACACAAGAAGGAUUUGAAAAAAUGUAUAGCAGCAAUCAACAAGGCUCGGCCCAAGAUGGUGGUGGUGAACGGUCCAUUGAAAGAGUCGGAAAAGCUCUUGGCACGAAUCUCGGAUUCCAUCCCAGUGCUGGCAAACGACGGCCAGAAGGACGCUUACGCUGCCUGGUAUUGGGCCAUCCAAUGCAUCUCGAUAUCGGCAAAAUCCGAUCAGGUGGCUUCCAAUGCCACGGAACAGAUGAAGUGGCUUCGAGAGCAGUUGGAAGCCUCCCGCAUGUCCAAGCACACUUUGUUUGUCUUUACGGAUGGAGACCCCCGCGACUUGCCCAGCUUCCUACACAAGCGAAUGGCUCGAGGGCGUGUUCAAGCGUUGAUUGGCCAUUACAAGAAACGUGGUGACGACGCCGACAGGUCACUGACCACCAAGCUCAAGUACGACCACAAAGUAGACGACGAUGCCAAGGUGAAGCAUGUCAAUGACGACAAUCAAUCGGUACGAUCGACUGACUCGGCUGACGAGGAGCAGGAUGACUUUUCUAUGAAGGUGUUUGGCUGUAGCGAGAACUCUAUUCGAUGGAUCACGAUGGAAGAAGAUGGGGAGUGGUCGCAGACACUCGAAUUCCUGGAGGGAUAGUACGUUAAAGAUAAGAUGGUCAGUUAGCCAUCUAGCUAAAUAGCUAGCAAUGUAAUUGAACCUUUACAGAGUCAAAGAUUAAACAUAGUAAGUAAUGAAAUAGGAGGAAUGGCUUUCGUU